AUGGCAUUGUUAUAUAAUGAAGGAUGUGAAUAUUCUGAAGGAGAUCUCACCAAAUGUAAUAUGAAUAUAUGUCAUAUAAGUCAAAAUAAAUUUGUAACAUCAUUAUGUAAAAUUCACUCACCAGUAGUUGAUAUAAAGAAACCUUCAAAUAAUAAUUUAAAUGAUCUUUCAAAAAAUGUAUUUACACACGAAUAUAAUCCAUCAAAUUUUCAUUCUAGGAUAACUAUUCUUUCAAAUAAUGAUCGAGAUGGAAUUUUGCUCCUGUAUGAAUAUAAUCCAUAUCAUAAUAAAUAUCCAGAAAAAACAUAUUUAUGCCGCCUUAGAAAUAUAAAACAAAAGUUAACAUUAUGCGAAUACAUUAAUAUGGAAUAUAUAGGAAGAAGUCUUACGUUUGACUCUUAUGACAUUAUUAAUGAAGAAAGUAAAAAUAAUAAUAUGAUUAGUUUAAAAAACCCCAAUCAUAAAAUUAUUAAAUCAAAAUAUGAUAAGCUUAUAUUUAAAGAACAUUUCUGCCAUCAUAUGAAAACGAAAUACAUUUCAUAUUGUAAUAAAAGGAAUACCAUAUGUAAAAAAAUUAAUAAUGAUCAAUUGCAUUGUACCGAUGCGAAUUAUAGUGGACAUUUAAUUAAGUUAGAUCAUAUUGAGUAUUAUGUUUUAAAAAGAAAACAUAUAUAUCUUCCCAGUGGUUGCUUAAAAGAAAAUUUAAAUCCUGUAUGCACUCCGCAUAUAUGCAUAAGCCAUGCUAUUAAUGAAUUUUUUGAAUGUGAAUAUCAAGAAAUCAGUGUUAUAAAAAACAUAAGGCCAAUAAAAAAAAUAAUGCCAAUAAAAGAGAUAAGACCAAUAAAAAACAUAAGGACAAAUUCAAACAAUUUAGCCAUGACAUCAUUAAAGCAUGAAGAUAUUUAUCAUAAAAAUAGUUUUUAUAAUACUGCACUCUUUGCAAUGUCUUUUAUGUCUUUUCUAGUUCUAUUUACUUUUUUUUUUUGCCUUUUAUAUAGGACUUUUAGAAAAAAGAGAAGAAAAAUAAAUUAA